GAUGACAAGCAAAAGCUCUGCAUUUUCUCACCAUCACCUCCUGUUCUUCCUCUCCCUGUUCAUAUCUUCCUCUGCUGAAUCUGUUGAUGCUGCGUCUUCUUUGUGUCCAAUCGAUUUCAGCUACGUGCAGAGCUUCCCGUGGGACAGAUCGUUGUGCCAUGACAAUGAACAGCAUUGCUGCCAGACCCUGCUCAGUCUCUUCGGCAUGGGACUGGCGCAGCACCUCAAGGACACCUCCACGUUCCAACUACCCAACAGAGCUUCCUCCUCUGCGUGYCUAUCUGAUCUCCAAACCAGGCUUGUCGCUCUGUCCUUGCCGGAGACCCUCGUACACUUCUGCUUCAACAACUCCGACCAAUUUGUUAUCAGCUCUUCGAGCUGUGUUGGGAUUGUAACGACUGAAGACUGGAUAAGAAAAGUUGGUGCAACUUCUCCCUUGGAUGUCUCUUGUAAAGGAGAUGUGUCCGGCCUCACCUCGUGCAGUUCGUGCCUGGCUGCAGGAAUGAAAGUUACUUCGCAACUGGUUGCUUUGGAUGAGAAGAACUCCGGCAAAUGCUUUUACUUCACGGUUCUAUACGCUGCUGGCAUUGUUAGUGAAUUUGGCUCGCAGGACACUAAGACUGCUGCGUGCAUUCUCGGCCUGCCGCUGGUUGGCUCGGCCGCGAUCAACACAUCGAGGAGGUUAAGCCGAGGGACGUUAUUCAAAUGGGUCUUUGGGUUGGUGGGUGCCAUCGUCGGUAUCAUUCUGGUAUUGGUUGUGGUCGUGCUGUACCGGCUCUGCGCUAAUCGAAUGAAACGCCGGGCGGCGCAUGUAGAAUUUGUCAGCAGUGUCAAGGCCAAGGUGACACCCAACAUGGGUGCUAUCUGGUUCCAGGCGGAGGAGCUUCGACGUGCCACAGAUGGGUUUGCGCAGAGGAAUUUCAUCGGCCAAGGUGGGUACGGGAUUGUGUACAAAGGGACGCUUGCUGAUGGGACUUCCAUAGCUGUGAAGAAGCUGCUUGAUUUGGACUCCAGAGAAGAUGAUGAGUUCCUGAACGAGGUUGUGAUCAUAAGCAAAAUAAGACACAGGAAUCUCCUCCCUCUCCGAGGCUGCUGUGCAGCAAGCAAUGAUCUGGAGGGUAAGCAGAGAUAUCUUGUUUAUGACUACAUGCCCAAUGGCAGCCUUGCUGAUCACCUCUUUUCUGCGACUGAAUCUGAUAACGGUAGCAAGAAACAUUUGAGCUGGCCUCAGCGCAAGAACAUAAUCUUAGACGUGGCCAGGGGGCUAGCUUACUUGCAUUAUGGAAUUAAGCCUGCGAUCUUCCACAGAGACGUCAAAGCUACCAACAUUUUCUUGGAUUCAGAGAUGAAGGCGAGGGUGGCAGACUUUGGGCUGGCCAAGCAAAGCAGGGAAGGYCAGUCUCAUAUCACCACCCGAGUCGCCGGCACACAUGGCUACCUAGCACCUGAGUAUGCGCUCUACGGGCAGCUCACAGAGAAGAGCGACGUUUACAGCUUCGGCGUCGUAAUUCUGGAGGUGAUGAGCGGGAGGAGGGCGCUUGAUACGUCGUCUGCGUCGGCGCUUCUGAUCACAGAUUGGGCGUGGACGCUCGUCAAAUCAGGACAGAUGGAAGAGGUGUUGGACGCCUCGAUAAGGGGGCAAGGACCGAGAGGGAUCAUGGAGAGGUUUGUCCUUGUUGGAAUUCUCUGUGCCCACGUAAUGGUUGCUUUCAGGCCAACCAUCGCUGACGCCCUCAGAAUGUUGGAAGGUGAUAUUGACAUACCCAGAUUACCAGACAGGCCAUUGCCUCUCAGCCACGAGUCCUUUCGUUCUUCUUUGUUGUACAGUAGCUCAACAGGCAGCACGUCUAGAUCAAGCACGAGCACGGGGAUCAGUAGGGCUUAGCUUGGAUUAAUUAAUUCCUUUGUGCAUUCAUUUCAAGUUGGUUAACCAAUUUAUCAAUUACAGGAAACCAUAUCACCAUCUGAUGAACUUGCCUACAAACAGUCAAAUGGACCAAUUUCACAAGUGGAUUUGUGCUUAAUUUUCUUAAUUUAGCAGCUUCGAAGCAGGAUUAUUCAACAUUUGGUCUGGGUUAUAAUAUUCAAACGCCCUUCAAUGGAUCAGACAAGCUUGACCAUCAAUCACAGGAACUAAGCUAUUUCCUAGAAGUUCGACUAGUCCACUCGAGAAAAUAUUUUUAAGUCUCUUGUGGUUGUUGGAUCAUUAAUUGUAGA